AUGGCAUGCUUUGCGAAGCAGCAGCUGGUGAGUCUGGACCUGAGAUGGUCCAAACUCGACCUGAUCUUCGCCUUUUUCUUGACCAUCUGGCUUCGUCUGACGCCGGAAGAUUUCCGAGAGCCACCAUACUACACAACAUUAAAUAAACUGCUUGCAUCCCUGCGAAUGAACAUGCCUGGCUCCAAGCUAUUAAAAGAUGCAGAGCACCUCCUGCAGCGGUUUCAGAGGGAAGAAGUAGAAAAUGAGAACAACCCUGGAGAACUGCCUGGGGACCAGCCCGGAGACACACUCAGGGACCACCUGGGAGACCCAACUGGAGACCAGCCUGGAGACCCAUCUAGAGAUCAGCCCGGAGAUGAGCUUGGGGACAUGCCCAGGGAUCAGCCUGGAGACCAGCCUGGAGAUCCACCCAGGGACGAGCCCGGGGACCCAUCUGGAGAUCAGCCCGGAGAUGAGCUUGGGGACAUGCCCAGGGAUCAUCCCAGAGACCAGCCCGGAGAUCCAUCCAGGGACAAGCCCGGAGACCCAUCUGGAGAUCAGCCCGGAGAUGAGCUUGGGAACAUGCCUGGGGAUCAGCCCGGAGACCAACCCAGAGACCCACCCAGGGACCAGCCCGGAGACCCAUCUGGAGAUCAGCCCGGAGACAAGGUUGGGGACAUGCCAAGGGAUCAGCCCAGAGACCAGCCCAGAGAUCCAUCAGGAGAUGAGCUUGGAGAUGAGCCUGGGCACGUGUCUGGGGAUCAGCUCAGAGACCAGCCCAGAGACUCACCCAAGGACCAGCCGAGAGACCUAUCUGGAGACCAGCUUGGGGAUGUGCCUGGGGAUCAGCCUGGAGACCAGCCCAGGGACCUACCCAGGGACAAGCCUGGAGACCUGCCCAAGAACCUGCCUCACGAAAAGAUCAAUAAGUGCCCCGUGACAUCCACUCCAUGUACAUCUUGUGACCAGCAAACCACAGACACCUGCCUCAUCCGGAGCAGAAUGGAGAACAGCAAAAGCAGCGUAUGCAAAACUAUCCUGGUGACUUGCCAAGACAGGACAGAUGAUAUAAUCGAGAGAGUCAUGGCCGAGCACAACUUGGACCCAAAGGAAUCGGGCAACUACCAACUCGUGCAGCUCAUCUCGGAGACCAAAGUGUUGGCUGAAGCCAAUUUUGGUCCUGAGAUGUUUGAUCCCCUUUUGAGUUCUUACAUCCUUGACUUCAACAACUUCCUGGAGAAGACCGAAGUCUACUAG